GGGGGGAGAGAGAGAGAGAGAGAGAGAGAGAGAGAGAGAGAGAAAUUUGGAGAUUACGACCAACGUCGUCCAUUCAGAACCACGGACAGCAUCCAGCGCGCUACAUUUGCAACGCUCUACUCUCAUAUGGUUUUCCUGUGGGCGUUGCUUUACAGGAGCACAUUCGGCAAAAGAAGGUGGGAGCUGUCAUUUCCCAACAACAUUCUCGCCAGUGCCAAAAUCAACUGCUCCAUCGUCCGCCUGGUGCCUGUGCCAGCGCAGAAACGGCGACUGUUACGACGCAAUGAAUUGGACUAAUUUCCUGGUGUUUUCUGGGGAGGUGCCUUUCCAGUCGAUUUCGGUGCAUAACCUACAGCCUAUACUCUAAAAUUCAAAUAUGCGCAUAGAUCGUUUGUUCUCAAAAAAGGAAGAACGUUGUGAGCCAACUGAUGUGUGUCUCGUGUCCACGGUGUGCUGUCUAGUUUUUUCGACGAAAUACGGAUGCUUAGCCUACUAUUUGGACAUGUGGAAUAAAACAGUGCUGCUCCGGAACAUCUAAAGAAUUAUAAUUUUGUUUCAACCACGUGCUAGUUAGACCUGUUACCCUGUGCGAAAGAGCCAACCUAUUCAGUCAAUUUUGUAUUUGCUGAGUAUUGCAUUAAUGUUAGCGAAAAGUCACGUCUGUAUUUCCGCUAGUUGUUGAAUGCGGAGAGGAAGACGCGCAGAAAAUUGAUCUCUCCGUUUUAAUUAAUCCGUUUAAAUUGAUUCACUGUUAUCUCUGUUAUGCUAGUGGUACCAACUUCGGAAAACAACGCGUUUCCCUUCGCUGUCUAUGUAUCGUUCUCUCGGCUCCGUAGGCUACAAAACUCGCGUCCUGUUUUAUUCCUCCAAUUGACGCCUGCUCCUCCGGUUGCGGAAAUGGGGACUUUCAGACGUCCAGGACACUGUUAGUAGCCUCGAUAUGAGGACACUGAAAUCUCUGACAGCUAGGAGCACGCUAUAAACAGGAGCGGUCACCACAACAGCUGUAACAGGCUAUAGCCUACUAGCGAAAAGUUAAAGAUAAUGGUGUUUCCUGUUGAAGUGAACCGGUGUCUUCUGUCGGGAGGCGGAAAACCAGGCGGACCGGGAAAUCUGUGAAUCCCCCUUGUUGUCUCUUUCCAGUCUAGAAUGAAUCAUUUUGAGAAUGUGUGACAGAGGCGUGCAGAUGUUGAUCACCACCGUCGGGGCGUUCGCCGCGUUCUGUCUGAUGACCAUUGCGGUGGGAACGGACUACUGGUUGUAUUCUAGGGGCGUGUGCCGGGUAAAGACGGUGGGCGACAACGAUACGAUACGGAAGAACGAAGAGGUGAUGACCCACUCUGGUCUGUGGCGGACCUGCUGCUUGGAAGGGACGUUUCGCGGCAUCUGUAAGAAGAUUGACCAUUUUCCACAGGAUGCCGACUACGAGCAGGACGCAGCCGAGUACCUACUGAGGGCCGUGAGGGCAUCCAGCAUCUUUCCUAUCAUGAGCGUGGGGCUGCUGUUCAUGGGGGGUCUGUGCGUCGCCGCCAGCGAGUUCUACAAGAGCCAGCACAACGUCAUCCUCAGCGCCGGGAUCUUCUUUGUGUCCGCUGGCCUCAGUAACAUAAUUGGGAUCAUCGUGUACAUAUCCGCUAACUCUGGCGACCCGGGUCAGAGCGACUCCAAGAAGAGCUACUCGUACGGCUGGUCCUUCUACUUCGGCGCGCUGUCCUUCAUCAUGGCGGAGAUGGUGGGCGUGCUGGCCGUGCACAUGUUCAUCGAGAAGCACCGGCGGCAGCGUGCCAAGUCCCGCACCGAGCUGAUCAAGAAGCCGCUGUCGGCCUCGGCCUUCGCCGCCCGCAUCCCCAGCUACCGCUACCGCUUCCGCCGCCGCUCGUCCUGCCGCUCCAGCGAGCCCGCCUCCUCCCGCGACACCUCGCCCGUUGGGAAGGGCUUCACUGGCCCCGCCGGGGCCCCGCCGCCUCCGCCGUCCGCCGCCGACAUCACCAUGUACACCCUGUCCCGGGAGAAGCCCCCCACCGGGGGCCCGCUGCUCAACUCCGAGAGGGAGUUCCUCCAGGGCCACGACUCGGACCCGCCCGAUUUCAAGGAGGCCAUGCAGAGCAACGCCGCCAACAGGAGGACCACCCCUGUGUGAGAGAGAGAACGGGGGGG